AUGUUUGGUAUUAAUUUGUUCAAUAGCAUGUUGACAGUUUUCGUAUUUGCACAAGCGUACCAUUCCGUGCACAUAACGAACCUAAACGUACCGAAGACGUACGUUCUCGAUCGGAGCACUUACGAUGCGGUCGGAUCCGGCACACACCCGACGGUACCGUACGGUGGCGAGGACGUUACCACAGGCCUGCCGAUGACAUCGACCACCGAGGAACAUCGCCCCGUCAUCGUGUCUACCGUGCCGGGCGAAAUGAACUUCACCGAUGCCGGCCUGAAGCCACUCAUCAUGGACUGUCAGUACGAGAUUAAGGCACGCGAGUGUGGCUUCGUGCUCAAGUGGUACUUCAACAAGAAGCUCAUCUACCAGUGGAUACCGUCCCGGACACCGGUGGGAAUGAACCAGUUUAAGUACGAGCUACAGACCAACUACUCGAUGUCCGAUUCCAUGAACUACAAGUACCGUGCCUUGGUGAUACGUAAUCCGAAGCUGAACCACAGCGGCGAGUACAUGUGCUCCGUGCAGACGUACGAUUCGUUCGAUCGGCGAAUGGCACGGUUUCAGAUUGUCGUGCCCGAAAAGACGUUACUGCUACACUACGAAAAUGAUGGUGAAAGUGAAAAUAUGUUGCUUAUCAAAUGCAGCGUGUUCAUGAUAUAUCCGGAACCUAACCUUCUGUUGCUCGUUAGCGGCAAUCUGUUCCUGGUCAGCUCGCGCACAUUGGUCACCGCCGAUGCAAACCACAUGUACAAUAAGACCGUUUACGGGAAAAUCGAUAAACAUUUGCUCAUCUCACCGACCUCGAUCAGCUGCGUACUGACCGUGCCCGAUUCCGGUUACAUCCGCAAGCGCGAAACCAUCUAUUACGAUCCAACACCACUGACGAAAUGGAGUCGCUUACGGAUGGACGAACGGGGCCACUUUCAGCUGCUUUCCGAUGAUGGUGCUGCAGGUCAAUUAAAUCCACUUGCCGGUUGGUUGAUUAGUUUAAUUGUAUUUCUACAGCGCGCUGUUCUCUGGCGACACGAUACGGAUUCAAUCAAAUAG